GCAUUAAACUCAGUAAUUCGCCUUUCGAGAUUACACAAAGUUUACAUGUAGUAGCACGAAGAUAGUGCUGCCAUCGUACACCAUUUUAGAGCAACUAUAAAAAAAAUAACAAAUUUUAUUUAUACCCUGUGGUGGGUACUUCAUAAUCCCAUACACGUUUUGUGUCGCCGCCAUCGUAUACGCUAUUCCCGUGCUAAGUGUUUUAAUUCGAAUAUUUGGCAGUAAUUCGCGUGUGUUAUCAUGGGAAAACGUAAGUUUAGUGAUGAUGAAGAAUACUAUGCACGGAAAAUAAAGAAGUUGGAGCAGAAAAUGAAAAAAGUUCGACGGGAUCGCCGAGGGGAGUCGUCGGAUUCAGAGUCGUGGAGUUCGGUGUCGUCUGACCAGUACGAGGAGGAAGUGGUAAACGAGCUUGGUGUCGAUCAUGCUUCCGAGCUGGAGGUUCCGCAAACCGAAGGACCCCAAGAGGAAAAUCAACCAUCUCCAUUCCUUGAUUCUCAACUGGAAACAACGCCGGAGUUAGAUCCGAGUAUUUUGAAUAUUCUAGGUGACGAACCUGCUAAAGAGGAAAUAUUUAGCAAGGCUGUUCACAAGGAUAUUGCUAGCCGAUGGUCCGAUAUACUAAUCAAUGGGUUAAAGGAGGAUGUGAAAAAGGGAAUUAUAACAUGUCACGAUAUCCCUGAGAAUCUUACGUUACUGCAGAGUCCUAUACUAAACCCUGAAAUCAAAGCAGCAGUCAACGAAAACGCGCUCAAGAGAGAUGUUAUCUUAUCCGAUAAACAGAGAAGUAUGGCUUGCGUUAUAACAUGCAUAGCCGACUUAAUGUCGUCGAAUUUGGAAUCUGAUGCCGCAGAUAAUAAAGAAAGUUUGAAGUUACUCAGCGAUGCAGGCCGCUUGUUAUGCCAUGUACAUUACGAAGAGACAUCAGCUAGAAGGAACUUCUUACAAGCUUGUCUUAGCAAAGACGUCAAAGAAAAUAUAAAAGACCUGAAACGCGAUAGAUUUCUUUUUGGUACUGAUCUUUCAGAGAAACUGAAAUCUAUGAAGGCGAUAACGAAGACGGGCGCGGAGAUGAGACCUGCCUCAACGAAACCGAAGCCUCCACCCAAGAGCAGACAGGCUGAAGCGGGACCUUCGAGGGCUUUAAACUGGCGGGGCCCGCCACCGCCGGCGCCUCGACGCGCGUACGCGAGGACGAGCUCGACGGCUGGUGGGCGCAGGCAGCCGGCAGCGACGCCGCGCAGCAGCGCGCGCCGCGACCCGCGGCCGCGGACCAGCAGGCUGGCCGCCAAUCGGCGCUAAGCAGCGAGUCGCAGGCAGGUACAUUACAGUUUUACUACCAUAAUUGGCAACGCAUAACUAAUGACCCGGUGGUUUUGUCUUGGGUCAGAGGCCUACGCUUGCCGGUCGACGUUGAUAUCGUCCAGUCAAAGAUACCUGCAAAUAAACCACAGUCUGCUCAGCAUAAGUUAGAAAUGAAUAAUGAAAUUACUAAACUCAUAAAUAUAGGCGCUAUUCGCCAGUGCGAGCCAUGCGAGGGCCAAUUCUUAUCAAGCAUUUUUCUGAUUAAGAAAAGUAAUGGCCACAAUAGAUUUAUUCUUAAUUUAAAGCAAUUAAACAAGUUUAUUCCUACGCCCCACUUCAAAAUUGAGGAUUACA